ACCCACAGCCGUUUUGCAAUCGUGUAGUACCAUUUCCUUAAACAUAAGGCAGAAUUCUCACUCUAGUCCUUAUUCAAAGUGUUAGUGGAAGUUUAUAGGACGGCUCCUAACCACCUAUUUUUGGAAGCUUCAUACAACCAAUCGAGAAUCAGAGAAAUUUUGCAUUAUCUGUGCCGAAUUCUGAACUCAAUUUGAGGAGGAAGCAAAGUCAGAGUGACGUUCACACACAGAAAGAAGAUGGGGACGCCGGUAGUUUUCUUUCCCCACCUAAAUAUUUCUUGCCCAAAGGAAAAGACGUUUUACAAAGUAAUUCAAGCUACAGGAAAAGAAGAUACGAGCAAAGAAUCCAAAAGCAGAACAAAGGAAAAGAGAAACAGACUGAGCCUUCUCCUACAGAAACCUGAACUCCAUGAAGAUGUCAAUCCACAUAGAGUUGGGAGUUUAGCAAAGGAGGAAAGUGUCUCUCCUGAAGAAGCAAUGAAAUGGGGCGAAUCGUUUGACAGCCUGCUUUCUCAUAAAGAAGGAUUGAAUGCCUUUACAAAGUUCCUCAAAACCGAGUUCAGUGAAGAAAACAUUGAGUUUUGGAUAGCCUGUGAAGAGUUCAAGAAAAUCAAGGAUGCUAAGCAGAUGGUCCUGAAAGCCAAGGCAAUUUAUCAGCGAUUCGUAAAGAACAACGCUCCAAAAGAGGUGAAUCUUGACUUCCAUACCAAAGAAGUCAUUGGUAAAAGCAUCGCUCAACCCACCCCGCACUGUUUUGAUGUCGGACAGACCACAGUUUAUCGACUGAUGGAGCAAGACAGUUACACGCGAUUUCUCCGAUCUGACAUUUAUUUAGACGUGCUCAAGGGAAGCCCUCCGCAAACCACAAACCUUAGAAGGCGAUCACGCUCAUUUACCUUCAAUGAAUUCCAGGAUGUGAAGUCUGAUUUUGCUAUUUGGUUAUAAAAUCUCUUUAUUUUCCCAUUUUUUUUGUUUAGAAGCCAUUGAACUUGAUGCAGAAGAAUAUGUUAACUAAUCAGUUAAUCUCUUGAAAUAGAAAUCUUCAAGUUGAUGGAGCUAUAAAUGUAUAUGUGGUAAUACUUGUAUAGAUAUAUUAUGUAAAAGUACAGUUUCUGUCACUUUACUACUACAUAACGGGCCAAAGGCCUAUCUUUUUACAAAGCAUCAGUCUCUGUGGAUAUAUGGUAACUAAGAUUUCAUUAAGGGUUAUUGAAAUAUAUUUUCUAAGUUGUUCACUUUUCCCAACCUGUAAAAUAUGGUUAUGUAUAAUGUUCAAAAUUACCCAUCGACAAGGUACAAAUAGUGACUUUAAAAUGUCCUUGCACUCAGAUUUAAGGGGCCAGUUUUUUUUUAAUGGUAUCUGUUCAACUCUUACUAUGUGCAAGGCGCUAUACUAAGCCCUGUGGUAGAUA